GAGAGUCAAAAGGAAAGGGGCAUAUUAAAUGCAAUAAACAAAACAUUCAGUCUACCAUCUACCACACUUGCCAUGAGGGACACAAGCCAUAACUGUAGCAUAAAUCUCUACAUUAAAAAAAAAAAAAAAAGCCUUUAUUUCCAGAAACAUCAUAAAGGAAGGGUAAAACCCUGACCCAGUCUUUUUUUUUUUUUGCACUCCCAAGUAUAAAGAGAAAAGCAUAGAUAACACAUAAUUCCAUCUCCCAGAGAAAAGGACUUUUAGUAUUUGGUAUAUAUUUUCAUACUUUCUCCUACAAAUAUACAGCACAUAAUUGUAAAUGUUAAAAGAGAAACAGUGUUUCUCCAAAGGGUCCUGGCUCUUACUUUCUUACUUCAUGAUUUAUCCUUCCCUCAUUCUCUGGUAUAUACAUUUUCACUUUUUUUUUUUUAAGUAGUUCCUUCUUCUUGAACUAUAAAUAUGUUCAGUCAUAAGGGGGGGAAACUAACUUUCCCAGUAUUCCUUCCUUGUAUCCUUUAUCUUUCAACUAGCAUUCUUGCUCCUGCUUUCCUAUUCCAUUUGAGCUUGCCUAAGGGAAAUAUUAAUCUUUUCUCACUAUCCUCACGCCUUUACCACCAAUGUAUUCAAUAAUUUACUCUAACCUGGCUUCCAUCUUUACCAAUUCUUCUGUUCCAAAUUGGUGACUUCCAAUUGGUGACUUCCAAAAUGUCAAAUACAACAAAUAGUUGCAGCUUACAUCUUUAUUUAAUCUUUCAUCAGCAUUUGACACUAUCUAGAACUCUUUUUCCUUUGACUGUAUUUCACUGAUCCUCCUCCUACUCUAUAACCAUUCCUUCUUCUCAUCCAUUCCUGAGUUUCCUUUUGCCCAUUCUUUAAAUGCAACCAUUCUCCAUGACCCUGGCCUUAAUCCUUGUCUCUUCUUGCUCUACAUUUUCUUCUGUAAUGAGUUCAGCUACUCCUGCCAUUUCAAUUAUCCCCAGCAAACCAUAUACCUGCCCUUAUCUCUUCUUACAUAAAGACCCCUAUAUCCACAUGACUGACUGGAUCUUUCCACUUGGAUGAACUUUCCAAAGACACCACAACCUCAGCAAGUAUCUUCUUAGUACCUUAUCUUCCUUCCCAGCCCUUCUCCUUCUUACUGUUAACUUAAGAGAGGGAUUGGAGAAAGGUCUCCAGGGGAAAGCAGAUAUGAGGAAAUCACAUUUUAGGACAAGGAAAACCUGAGCAAUUUUUCCUGCUGUGUGAAGAAAGGUGGUGGAGAAGAGACUAAAGAUAGGGAAAAUGAGAGGAUAGGAAUUGAAUCCUGACAACCAUGAAGAAGAUGGUAGGAAAGUCUUUUCUUCUUGCAGCUAUAUAUUAUAUUCUGCAUUUUACAUGUGCUUCAAUUAAUUCAUCUCUAUUAUGUAUCAUUCACAGCAGUAUUAAUGAAAGAAAUUUUUGAAAUAUUUUUAUGUAAACCUUUACACUUAUUUUGACAUCUGUACUUAGGCAAUUGGGGCUAAUUUAUACAAUUAGCUAAAUCAAGUGUUCCUUUUCCUUUUUAAAAUUUUCUUUAUAUAUUCCAUUUCUAAUGAGUAUGAAGAAUCCUUUUAAUUCAAUUUAUACACAACUAGUACCUUCCAAUUAAAACUCUUACCUUUUAAUAAACUCAUUCUGAAAUGAACAUGCUACUUCACUUUUCAGAUCUCUAUUCCAUCAGAUUUUGCUGUUGUGUUACUUGCAAAAUGCUCCUAUAUAAUACAUUCUAUACCUGUGCCCAUUAUGUUGUUUUCCUAUAGAGUUUGCAAGUUUAAUAGAAGUUUAUGUAAUUUAAGUGAAUAAACCCACCUUUCUGUUUUAUUUUUGUAGCAGAGAGAACAAAAGGGUAGAAAUCAGGAGAUAGAUGGGGUUGAGGAGGUUUGCUGGAAGUCUGCAGAGAGGGAAGGUUACCAGUUAGGCUCAACGUUGUUGAGAAAACUACAAAUCUAACUCAGGAAUAUCCAAUUCAAUCGUAUUUAAAAAGUUAUCGACACUAACAAAGAACUAGAUAGUUCUCCUUCAGGUUAGCCAGAAAGGGUUCAGAAUGGGGUGGAAAGAUGGGAGAACCUGUGUUUGGAGUUUCAGAGAUUGGACACCUGUGCUGAGCUGAAACCUUCUUACAGGCAUUGUCAGCAAAUGAAGAUUGUUUCUUUUCUCUCUCCCCUCCCUUCUUCCACCUCCAGUCCUCACCAUUUUAGCUCCAUUGCACUAAUGCCCCCUCCUCAGCUACACUUAGGGGAACACGCACUACAUUGGCGGGCAGCAAGGGCAGCAUGCUGAGGCUGGUGUGGAGAGGGGUCCGACCUCCUUGCCUCAGUGGAAAUCUCUGCUCCAGUGUCUGCCACCGAAGGUGGGAGGAGCAUAGGAGCGUGUUGGCCUCUGGCUUCUCCUCCCACAGAAGCCCUGCCCCCUCACACUUGGACAGUGGAGAGAUUAGCUUUCUUUUUCCUUCUAGUUCCGUGCUUUGGCUAAUGUGAAAGACCACGCAGAAGCUAUGGACUUGCUUUUUGUGCUUGACAAAAGUGCAUAGAUAGAAGACAGGGAUCCCCGGCUGGGAGGAGGGAGGAGAGCUGAAGAGCCCUGCCUGGGCUGGCUGAUCUAAGCAGUCAAAGUGGGAAGCUGAGUGCUUGAAAGAGGAUUAUGCUCGCACUAGAAAUAAGCAAAAAGUAAAGAACAAGGAUAUGGAAAACUAAGCAGUGAUGAAGACCUCGAAAUAAUUGUUGAUCAAAAGCAGGGAAAAGGCUCUAGGGCGGCAGAUAAGGCUGUUGCCAUGGUGAUGAAGGAGAUACCGAGGGAGGAGUCUGCUGAAGAAAAGCCCCUCCUUACUAUGACAUCACAGCUGGUGAAUGAGCAGCAAGAAAGCAGACCCCUCCUGAGUCCCUCCAUCGACGACUUUCUCUGUGAAACCAAAUCGGAGGCAAUAGCAAGGCCUGUAACCUCCAAUACAGCCGUGUUGACCACUGGCUUAGAUCUCCUCGACCUGAGUGAACCAGUCUCUCAAACCCAAACCAAAGGUAAGAAGUCAGAGCCCUCAUCAAAAACUUCAUCCCUCAAGAAAAAGGCCAAUGGAUCUGACCUCAUCAGCACGGAUGCUGAGCAGAGAGCCCAGCCUCUCAGAGGCCCGGAGACUUCAUCCUUAGAUUUAGACAUUCAAACACAACUGGAAAAAUGGGAUGAUGUUAAGUUUCAUGGAGAUAGCAAGGGGCACCCAAUGGCAGACAGAAAAUCAUGCUCAUCUAGAACUGGAUCAAAAGAGCUCUUAUGGUCCUCAGAGCACAGAUCUCAACCAGAACUGAGUGGUGGCAAAAGUGCCCUCAACUCUGAGUCGGCUUCAGAGCUAGAGCUAGUGACUCCAGCACAGGCUCGACUGACCAAAGAACAUCGUUGGGGAAGUGCAUUACUUUCUAGAAACCACUCCUUAGAAGAAGAAUUUGAAAGAGCAAAAGCAGCAGUGGAGUCAGACACAGAGUUCUGGGAUAAGAUGCAAGCAGAAUGGGAAGAAAUGGCCCGGAGAAACUGGAUAUCUGAGAACCAAGAAGCCCAGAACCAAGUUACAAUCUCAGCUAGUGAGAAGGGAUAUUACUUUCACACUGAAAACCCCUUCAAGGACUGGCCGGGAGCAUUUGAAGAAGGCUUAAAAAGGCUGAAGGAAGGGGACCUGCCAGUCACCAUCCUGUUCAUGGAGGCAGCAAUUCUUCAGGACCCUGGAGAUGCAGAGGCAUGGCAGUUCCUCGGGAUAACCCAGGCAGAGAAUGAAAAUGAACAAGCAGCUAUUGUCGCCCUCCAGAGGUGCUUAGAAUUACAACCCAACAACUUGAAAGCUUUGAUGGCUUUGGCUGUGAGUUACACUAACACUGGCCAUCAGCAGGAUGCCUGUGAAGCUCUGAAGAAUUGGAUUAAGCAAAAUCCAAAGUACAAAUACCUUGUGAAGAGCAAGAAGGGAUCUCCAGGCCUCACCCGGCGGAUGUCUAAGUCCCCAGUUGAUAGCUCUAUUCUGGAAGGAGUGAAGGAAUUAUAUCUGGAAGCUGCCCACCAAAAUGGAGAUGUGAUUGACCCAGACCUACAGACAGGUCUGGGCGUACUGUUCCACCUGAGUGGAGAAUUUAAUAGAGCAAUAGAUGCAUUUAACGCUGCCUUAACUGUUCGGCCAGAGGACUAUUCGUUAUGGAACCGUCUGGGGGCGACCCUGGCGAACGGAGACCGCAGCGAGGAAGCCGUGGAGGCCUACACGCGGGCGCUGGAGAUUCAGCCCGGCUUCAUCCGGUCCAGAUACAAUCUGGGGAUAAGCUGCAUCAACCUGGGCGCCUACAGAGAAGCGGUCAGCAAUUUUCUCACUGCCCUCAGUUUGCAAAGAAAGAGCAGGAAUCAACAGCAAGUCCCUCAUCCCGCCAUCUCUGGGAAUAUCUGGGCUGCCCUCAGAAUUGCACUGUCUCUGAUGGACCAACCGGAACUGUUCCAGGCGGCUAAUCUCGGUGACCUGGAUGUUCUCCUAAGAGCUUUCAAUUUGGAUCCUUGAAGGAAAAGAAAAAAAAUAAAUAAUAAUCCCUCAUCUGUUUAAUUGUACUGAGAAAUGAAAAACUAUUUUAUUAUGAAAUUCGAAAAGGAUAAAUCAGAUAUUCAAAAGGACAUGGUCAUAUAACCCAAGGAAAUUAAUUUCUACAGACAAUGCCCAGUCUCUGUUCAGAUCCAAAAGCACAAAAUGUUGUAGACAGAGUGAAGGUUGGGCUCAAAAGAAGAAUUGAGAGACUCAAACUAAAAUAAAGUGACUGUGUGUGAAUACUCUUUUCACAAAUAGCAAGCAUAUUGCAAAACAUGUUCUUUGGGUUUUUGUCCCUACUUGCAGCCGAUGAUACAUCUGAGGAACUUGCUCAUGGGACACUUGCUCAUAGGAGAAAGCACUGCCUCAGAUCAGGAAAUUUUGACUGUUUCUGAAAUGUCCCUUUUUGCAAGACUGAACAUAGUUUGGGCCAUUGGUGCAUGCACAUAUAUUAACUCUUGACUAAAGACAGGCAUUGCUUAAACCUGUUCCAAUUUUAACUUUUACUGUAGCCCUUUGAUUCCAGAGAGAGAGCUUUGCUGGCAAAAGCAGUUUUUGCACUAGAAAUUUUUGCUGUUCCCAAUCAAAACUUUUAUGGGAUUGUAUAUAUGCACUUUAAUAUCUUAUUUAUGCCUUGCUGGAGUUUUGUUUUGUUGCUCCAAUUUUUAACUUGGGGGUGAAAGAUUUGAGAACUCAGCCUUGUUAGAUCAACGGACCAAAUAAAAAAUUCCUGAAAAUAGUUUUUCAUAGUGUA